GCACCUUGUCAGCUGGGUCUUGCACUUUUUCUCUACUUCACCCCUCCCACCGGGGGUUUCCUGCUGGCCCCAAACGCUGUGGGAUAGGCAGCAGGUGCUACACUCUGUCCAGAGCCGUGGCCCUUGGACGGAGCUGGCGGCAUGCUGAACUGCGGGCCUCGCUUGCCGCACCGUAGGCUGGCUUCCCUCUGGGCUCCCCAAGCCGCUUCUUCGAAAUCUACAUCUCCCCAUCCAGCCCUCCAAGCUGCUGCGAAGGACCCCACGCCUGCCCAUCUUUCCCUGAACUUGGACGAUGGGAAGGUAUUCCACCUGAAGAGCAACUGGGAGCUCACUCGGGGGCUGUUGGUGUUCCGGCUCUGCUCCUCCCCAUGGCUGGUUCGGAAAGCGCCCACGGUCCUUUCCAUCUCCCAGCGGGUUCUGGGCCACCGACUCUGGACUUCUGUGCUCCGUCUUACGCUUUACGGACAGUUUGUUGCUGGCGAAACCCACACAGAGGUCAAGGAAACACUGCGACGGCUCCAGAACUUGGGGAUCCGUCCUCUCCUUGCCGUCCCCAUAGAGGAAGAUGUGGGGCAGGCAAAGGAAGGGGAAGACUGGUAUGACAAGAAUGCCCAAUCUAUGCUUACCUGCCUGGAUCUGUCUGCAGUUGGUGCCAUCAAUCCCAUGAUGCAACUGAAGGUGACAGCGCUGAUGGCAGCUGCACUCUGCAAGACCAUCACCCUGCGUUUGCAAGAGCAGGAGACGAAGUCAGACCUGAGCAUCAAGAGAGUGGUGGCUGCCAUGAAAGGGGAGGAGCUGAACUUCAGCUGCCUGACCCAGGAAGAGAACCACCAUUUCAAGAAAUCGUUGAGGCGGCUCAAUUCUGUAGCGCAGUAUGCUGUGGGAAAAGGAGUCCGUGUCCUGGUGGAUGCAGAAUACACCUACAUUAACCCCGCCCUGACGCUUGUCACCGUGGCAAUGAUGGCUGUCUGGAACACCCAAAAGCCAUGGAUCUGGAACACAUACCAGGCAUAUCUCAAGGACACUCUGGAGCGGUUGAAACAGGACGUCGCCCUCACUGAGCGCUUGGGUGUCUGUUUCGGAAUGAAGUUGGUCCGGGGGGCUUACCUGGAGAAAGAGCGGAAACUGGCAAAGGAAAAAGGAUACCCUGAUCCUGUGCAGCCCAGUUGGGAGGCUACCAACGAAAAUUACCAGUGCUGUUUGGAUUUUGGUUUGGAUCAAGUGUCUCGAGCCAGGGGAAGGUUUGAGAUGAUCGUGGCCACACACAAUGAAGCGUCCGUGAUGCACACUGUUCAAAGGAUGGCAGAGAUGGGCAUCGACAAGGGUGCUGGACCGGUCAGCUUUGGGCAGCUGCUGGGCAUGUGCGAUCAGAUUUCCUUGGCACUAGGCCAGGCCGGUUAUGCCAUCUACAAAUCUAUCCCUUUCGGCUCUGUGGAAGAAGUAAUCCCCUACUUGAUCCGCCGUGCUCAUGAGAACCAAAGCGUCUUACUUGGGAUCCGGAAGGAGCGAGAUCUGCUGCAAAUGGAGCUUCGGAAACGGGUUCUGAGGCGGCCUUGAGGGAAUCUAAAUAUCCCAAAGAACUACCCCACCUCCCAAUGCUUAUUCAUGGAACCAGGGCCCUACAUUGCAAUGUCUCCAGCUCACUUCCCUCAUGAUCUUCAUGAGGGAAUAAACUGCCCUCUUGGGUUACCUGGUUUCCAGCAUCCCAAAGCCCUAGACUUAUGGGUUGGGGCUUAGUGAUGUGACGGGCUUUAGUGUUGUCUGCGUAGGACCUUGUGAUGUCAUGGAGCCGCUAACUCUAGAAAGAGAAAAACUGAACCCUGCCAAAUAUAUGAGACGGGGGAAAGAGCUAGAAAUGUGAGGCCUGGGAGGGGGGUAGAAUCAGGGGGGAAAUGCUGAAGUUUUUAUUUUGAAGAUCUCAGUGGGCGUGGGGAAUGAAAAUUUAGGAAAACACACUGACAAGCAAAACUCUUAUGCAAUGCUUUCUCUUUCAGAAUAAUGAGUGGUUUAAUUUUUUAUAACCAAUUACACAAUUGCAAAGCUCCUGGAUUCAAGAGUAGUAAUUUGAGCUUGGCUGGUGGCCUUGAGAUCUAACUUUGCUGCCCUGAGACCUUCAGCACGGAUCCCAAAAUCUGAGUGUCUUCAGCUCCCACUUACUGUGUGUUUUUAAUCCAUCUUCCCAUGAUGUUAUCCCAAAUGCAUAAGUAUCCCGUCCUUUGUUACAAAGCACUACUGCUUGAAAUGUUGUUUCUCAAACCAGCUUUACACCAAUUGGAGUCUUUAGCCAUUCAGAUUCGCUUCUGUUCAUGUACACGCCAGGGGAUGUUGAUGGGACAGGGGGAACAUAAGAAAAGCCCUUUUGGCCAAUGGCCCAUCACCCUGCACCCAGAAUCCUGUUCUCACAGUGGCCAACCACAGACGCCUAUGGGAAUCACCCAAGCUGGACAUGAGCACAAGUCUUUUUGCUAUGCAAAGGUGUUCACACCCCAAACCACCUGCCCACCCCAAAAUGUGCUAAAGGAAUUCCACACAAGCAGUAACUGGGUUAUUUUUACAAAUCAGAUUUUCUGUGUUAAGGGGGAAUCCAGAUUAGACGUUUUAAAUAAAUAAAAAGAGUACAGGCUGGCAUUUUGAAAACUGUGAUUACGUGUGCAUGCUGCGAAAAACAUGUGUGCUGUUGCAGUGGCUCCAAUCCCAGAAUAAAGGCUUCCCUGCCUACAA